CUGUUCUUCUACAAUUCAUACCUGCAUUUAUUUUUGCCAAGAUAAACAAACCCCAGGGGUUAAAUUCCAUUGCAAAAUGCUACAAACAUCAGUCUGUGUGACAUUAAUGUUCCACUUGUGCAUUAGACAUUCCUCCUCAAGCUGCAGUCACACAGAGGUAAACUUACUACAGACAUGGGAUUUACCUACUCCAUUAUAUGGUUUCUGUGUUUACAAGCGAGCGAGUGCUGGAAGCUGGCCAUCUCUCAACCAGUAAUUCAUGCGGAGGUCCAUUCCCCUCAGUAUCCUCAUCCUUAUCUUCCUAACUUGCUCAAGCAAUGGGACCUCUGGGUUCCUGAGGGCUACCAGAUUCAGCUGUCUAUAACACAUCUGGAUAUUAAAGCUUCCACAGACUGUUAUCAAGACUCUCUGAUGGUUCUCUAUGAUCAAAAGGUCUUGGGGAAGUUUUGUGGUCAGGAAAAUUCAACUGCUCACCCAGGCAAAGAGUCAAUCCUUUCUCAAGGCAACAGGCUGACUCUCAUAUUCCAAACAAGUGACUCCACUGCAGAGCUCCAACAGCACACUGGCUUCUCUGCUACCUACAAGGCAAUAGACAGAGAUGAGUGUUUAAAAGAAAACCCUGGAGAUGGCUCAGGUCCACUCUGCUCUCAGAUAUGCGUCAACACUCCUGGUUCUUACCACUGCUCCUGCCACAGCGGUUACAAACUUCAUUUAGACAAGCGCACAUGUUUAUUAUCCUGUGAUGGUUGUAUAUUUGACAAGCUUGAAGGACAUCUGUCCAGUCCAGGGUACCCUGGCCCCUCACCUCCUUUUCUGUCCUGCAAGCACAUCAUCUCUGUGGAGAACAGAUUCGCUAUUACUCUGAACUUUAGUGAAGACUUCCACAUAGAGAGUGUGGACACUCAGCAAGGUUCCAGGUGUCUAAAUCACUGGCUGCAGGUGACCAUCCCAGACAGAGAGCCUAUGAAGCUGUGUGGCAAAAAGAGUCCAGGUCUGAUAGCUACAAAUUCCAACACUGUCAGACUGGACUACCACACAGAUAAUGAAGGUGUGAGUCGCGGCUGGAGCCUGGACUACAGCACACAUGUAACUGAUUGUGGAGAACCUGAACCUCUGCUCAAUGGAGGGUUGACUUUCCUGUCUGGCUCUAAGAAUCAGUACCGUUCUGUUGUUCAGUAUCACUGUAAUGAACCAUUUUACUCUCUUCCUGGAGGUGCAAAUGUUAGUUUCACCUGUGAAGCAGAUGGAAUGUGGAGGUCCAAACACAAUGUCACUCCAACAUGCAUACCUGUCUGUGGACAGCCCACAAAACUCAUCCCUGCCUAUCAAAGGAUCAUUGGAGGCAGUGGAGCUCCAGAAAAUACCAUCCCCUGGCAAGUGCUCCUUAGUAUACAUGGACAAAGAGCAGGAGGCAUGGUGAUUGCAGACCGCUGGAUUAUGACUGCAGCUCAGAUCCUAGUAAAUGAAAAUGAUAAAGUACCAAACGAAGCUAUACGGGUUUACAUGGGACUCACUAAGGUUGAUGCCCUGUUGAGGACUCCUGUGUAUGUUUCCUCAAUUCAUGUUCACCCUGAAUACAACAAUCCCAAUUUCAUGGAUUUCAACAACGACAUUGCCUUGAUCAAACUGCAAGACCCACUCACAUUUAACUCAUCCAUCAUGCCAAUAUGCUUGCCAGCAGAGGAUGCCACAUACACCACUGGCAUAAUGGGAAUGGUGUCAGGCUUUGGCCUCACAGAAACUGACAACUGAAGGAUUUUAACAAAUAAGCUGAAGUACGUGCAGCUACCUGUGGUGGAGCAGGAGACAUGCAUUGAUUCAAUCGCUUUGGCAAGGAGAACAAGGGACCAAGUACCAGGUCUGUCAAACAACAUGUUUUGUGCUGGAUUCCCUGAAGGAGGGAGAGACUCCUGCCAAGGUGACAGCGGAGGUCCCUUUGCCCUGAAUGAUGGCAGCCGCUUUUUUGCUGGUGGGAUAGUCAGCUGGGGAGUUGAAUGCGGACAGCAGGGAACAUAUGGAGUCUAUACCAGAGUCAGCAACUACCUGGACUGGAUCAACAAGACUAUGCAGGAGAACUGAAAUUUACUGUAAUUGAUCACAACAUGAUGUG